AUGACGGAUGAACCUCAUGACGGUGUCGAUCCGCCGGUUCGAAGAUCUCGCAAAAGGGAUCGCUUGCGCCAAAGGGUGUCCUCUGGCUUGUCCAAUCUGUCAGCUACAUGGUCAAGGGUCACUGAGACUCUCGAGAUUCGAAGGUCCAGAACUCUGUCAGCAAGGGAUCCAAGUCCAGCCUUUGUGGAACUGACACCUCGCGAGCCUGACGCGGAGGCCAAAAGGCAGGACCUCUGGGAGAGCGUCGCCAGCCACAUCGGCGACGAACACCUGUCGGUGGCGUGGGAGCGAUGGAAGCGCUCCUUGGCAGGGGAACGGAACACCUUUUGGUCGAAGCUGGCCAUCCACACCGACUCCCCCCGGCGCGACUGGGACCGGAUCAGCCAAGCGGUGCGUUCAGGGGUUCCGGAGCAGUUCCGCUGCCUGGUCUGGACGGUGUGCACCGGUGCCACGACGAAGCAGAAAGAGGCAGCGUUGAAGGCUGCGACGCGCGAAUCAGGGUCGCCGGAGGCCGUGGAGGCCCUGGAGACCUUGUAUCCCCUCUUUGUAAGCGAGGGCUUGAAGCUGAAGAACGAGGCAUCUGCAGUGAUCGAAGUGGAUGUUCCACGAACAGGCUGUCCUGAGGCCUUGUUGGAACCAUUGAGACAUGUGCUGUUGGCUUUUGCGGCCAAAAAUCCAAUACUGGGAUAUUGCCAGUCAAUGAACUUCAUAGCAGCCGCUUUGCUGCGCUACUGUGACGAGGAAAGCGCUUUCUGGAUCCUUUGCAGUUUGAUUGAGGACAUACUGCCUGAUGGCUACUACACCAGAAGCAUGAUUGGGAUCCGUGUCGAUAUGCUCGUUUUGAAUUCCUUGGUGAUGAAGUAUUUGCCACAUCUUCACAAUCACUUUGCUGAGUACGAUGUUGAUCUGUCUCCAGUCUCCAUGAAUUGGUUCCUCUGCCUCUACAUCAACACCUUGCCGGACCGGCUCCGCGACCGAAUCCUCGACUGCAUUCUCCAUGAAGGCUCCAAGGUGCUGUUCCGCUGUGCUUUGGGGUUGCUGCGCUGUAUGGAGUCCUCCCUUUUGGGCGCGCAAAGCCUGGUGGAGAUCUAUGACAUGCUUCGAUCGCCCCCGGAAGAGUUCACAGCUCGAAUGGCCCAAUGGGAGAGGAGUGCAGAGAAGGGAUGCGAUUUCAUGUCCGACUUCGUCUAUGGCUCCUGGCUUCAGGGCUUCUCCUUAGACAUCCUCAUUCAGUUGAGAGCCCAGCAUUUGGCAGCCAUCACUGUGCAGGCAUGGUUGUCAAAGGGGGAUGAGACACGAGGCUGUCAGGCCAACGAGCCAGCGGCUCAGCCGCAUGACCCACAGCUCCGAAAUUUAGAGAGCUGGAUUGUGCUCGACGAGCCAGCGGUCGAGCCUCCCAAGCGAGCCCAAAAAGGAUGCGAGCGAGUCCAGAGCACAGAAGGUGUCGACGUGGUGGAUAUCGAUGAGAACAGUGCCAUGGACAUCUCCGGCUCGUAUGGUGUCAACGUCUGUGGCUAUGAGAAGUACAAAGAGUUCAUUGAAGAAGGUUGGAAGACCGCCAAGAAACAGGGGCUAUUCUUGGGUUCCUUGGACAAGACAGUCUUGGACAACAUUGCCCGUCUGCGAAAGAUCUCCGGCCAGCCUGAGGUGUCCUUCCACAUGUCAGGCACCGAGGCCGUGAUGUGCGCCCGGCCCUCGGCGGUGCGGGUGGCGCGCUUCAACACGCGGAGGCCUUUAGUGGUGACCUUCGGCGGCGCGUGA